GUGGGCUAAAGUGGGCUCUGUAACAGGCAAUGCCAAGGUCGUGGUAGGUUCUGACCGAUCAAAAACAAAAAAACGCACGAAACGCACAACAUCAUGGCAACUCACUGUUGAAACAAGCAAACUGCGACAAAAAUAAAUUUGUGAUCGCUGGAAGUCGUCAUAUUUCCAUCAGAAAUCUGUGAUUUUUAUUUCGCAUCACGUAUAUAAUAUUCGUUCUAUACAAUACAAAAUGUCAGCAGAUAAAGAGAACAUCUCCGUCGAGAUUGAUUCCUCCAAGGCAGCGUAUCGUAGGCAUGUAUGGCAGUUAUUAGAACACAAGCAUCUGGCUAACUUCCCCAGACCUAUCUAUGGUCGUAUUCCAAACUUCAAAGGCAGCGAUGAGGCAGCUGCCAAACUUGCACAGCUCGAAGAGUUUAAGCAUGCCAAAUACAUUGAAGUGAAUCCAGACAAGGCACAAGAAAAUGCGCGUGUUGUAGUGCUUGAAAACCACAAGCAACUGUAUGUGCCAGUGCCUAGACUCAAGAAAGGUCUAUUGAAAUUGAUAAAUGUUGAUGAGAAUGCCAGCAAGGGAGAUAUACGCGCCGCAAUUAGCCGACGCGGUAUUGAACACGACGGGAAAACAAUAUCUCUAGGUGAUCCAGUUGAAAUUGAUAUGUUUAUCAUGGGCAGUGUGGCUGUGUCAGUGGAUGGCCAUCGCAUUGGAAAAGGCAAAGGCUAUGCUGAUCUGGAGUUUGCUAUGUUGCUCGAGAUGAAGGCAAUUACAGAAAAGACUGUUGUAGUUACAAUUGUACAUGACCUACAGGUAUUUGAUUCAUUGCCAAAGGACAUGUUCAAGCCUUAUGAUGUACCUGUCGAUUAUAUACUCACUCCAAGCAAAAUUAUUAAAGUACAAAAGCGUCUUCCGCGACCAGAGGGUAUUAUUUGGAGUAUUCUGUCGAAUCGGCGAGUUAACCUAAUGCCGGUGCUUCAGGAAUUGCGCACAGCUGAUGAAACUAAAGGGCGAGAUGUCACCCUGAAGGCUGAAGAUACUGACGUUGAAUCGUACGAGCCAAAGCGAUAUCUUGCUUACAGGCGUUUCCAGCGCAGACGGCCACGUUCAGAAGGACGUACGUCUGACUCGCAGGCUGAAGAUAAAGACGAGAAGGAUGAUAAGGAGCGUGCGCCACGACAACGCUUCUCAAAACGACGACCGAGGUUUAAUUCACGUAAAAACGACAAGGAAUCUGGGGCGGAAACAAACGAUGCAGACAAGGAAGCAAAAACAAACCGUGCUCGUCGACAAUUUCGUCGUAAUAAGUCACAGAUUGACUUUUCCUUGAUGGUGAGUAACAUUGAAAAGAAUGUACGCGUUCGUGAUCUGAAGAAUGCACUCACCGAGCGCGGAAUUAAGCCGAAUGAGAUCACCUGGCGUGGGUACAAAGGUUUCUGUUAUCUGCAUUAUGCUAAACCGCGCGUCACUACCGAGAAUGAUGAUCCUGCUGUGUCGCCGGUGGUUGUCGACAGCGUGAUUGAGAUUCUGCAGAAUUUGAGAAUUAUGCCAGAGUCUGACAACAGCCUGAGUGUUAAGGUGAUGGAGCCGAUUUCGCGCAUUGAAACUACAGAUGUCACUGCUGUUUAACACUUAAGGCACUUAACAUUUCUUGUUUGAUAUGCCGAUGACAAGUUUUACGUACAAACAUUUAGCGUUAAGUUCAUUUUCACUUGUAUUGAAACGAUGGUCGUACAUUCCAUAAAAAUAAGUUUACAAUGCGCAUGCGUGUGCUUCAGAAUUGUUUUUGCUUUUAUAAUUAUUUAUAAAGAGUUUUUCUUUGUUAUUGGAUGUGAUUAACAAUAAAUUUAUUUUUUCAAAA